UAUGGGAAGUAUUGGGUUCUCUGUCCAGAAUUAAACAGAGGACGAGUCUGGCAGGCCAGGCUAAUACACAAUAGAUUUAAUAGAUUUUAUGAACGAUUUAUCACGUUUGCUGGUCAUACCUAGCCUAGUGAACUCUUGCUUUGCAAAGUAAUAUAUUUAUUUAGUCUGGAUUGCCAGGUUAGGUCAUAGCAAGAAAACUCUUUUGUUUUAGAUGAGUACAUUUCAGAGACAAAUCUCUAAUACACAGUAUAACAUUUAUUCUUGAUUUGUGGAAUGUUGAAAGUUAGACGUUACACAUUCAAACAGAUUUUUUACAAAUACUAAUACCAAAAUAUAGUACUUUUCCUUUUGUUGGCGAGUCUAACCAUUGGGUUGACGAGCAGCUAAUUAGGGGAUGUGUUGACGCGUCCUCAGAGCCACUCCAGUCCAGGUUUCGAUUCAAGCGACUUUAUUAGUUGUCAGUUAGUUGUUUACCUCAAUCAACGUUCAUAAGCAUCACACAACAAGAGAAAUGAAAAGAUCCACAAAGUAGAGAUAAUAAUCUAUGCAAAAAGCAUUUGAGCGGUCAGCAAAGGUUGACUUCCCCCAUCACCUGUUCACUACACAAAAUUCCCACGCAUGUGCGCAACAGGUAAAUAACAAUCGAUAGACAUCACAUGACCCGAGACUACUAUCCCCCACACCUUUUAUGUGAAUACUUUCAGUCUCUACAUGGAAACAGCCAUCUUCAAGGGCGAAUCUUUCAGAAAAAAGGAUCAUCGGUUGCCUGGUGAGUUUAUAGCAUUUCAUUUCCUGACCUGGGAGAUAGUGACUUCAUCAGACGAAUCGAUUUUAAAGUUCUUUUGUUCGUUUUUAAAGCCUUACAUGGCUUAGCUCCGUCAUAUUUGGCCAAGCUACUUUGUGUGUACGAGCCUCCUCGCGUACUUCGAUCGACCAAUCAGAUUUUGCCGGUUGCUCCGACAGCAAAAAUGAAAACAAGAGAGGACAGAGCUUUUGCAGUUGUAGGCCCAGGGCUGUGGAAUGCUCUGUCACUAACCAUUAGAAUGUCCUCCUCAGUUGAAGUGUUUAGAAAUAGGCUUAAGACACAGUUUUACACUAGCUUUUAAGCACAUUGCACAGUAAUCAGUGUUCACAUUUGUGCCUCUGUGUUCUUAUUGUUUCAGUAGUAGUGUUUUUAAUAAUAUUACUGUUUUGUUUUGUUUUGCUAAUGUUUUUAUGUGUGUAGUGUUCAGCACUUUGGGUAUCCUUUGGAUUGUUAAAAGUGCCAUACAAAUAAAGAUGAUGAUGAUGAUGAUGAUGAUGAUGAUGAUGAUGAUGAUGAUGAUGAUGAUGAUGAUGAUUUUGAAUAUGAAGAUCCUCCAAGGGUAAUUCUUGAUAACAUGGUUACUUUUGAUUGCUGAAAGAAUUAGGGGGCGGGGUUAUAACGGGAUUUUGUUUUAUUUUUUUCGGACUUUAACUUUUUGGAAAAUUUCUCAACAAAUAUUUUUUGACAGUUUUCAGAUAUUUUAUUAGUGAUUUUAAUUGUAUAUGUAAUGUUUCGGUUUAAUUAUUUCUAUUUUAUAGGUUAUAGUACAAAAAGAGGGGAAAAACACGCUCAUCUGUAUGAAGGUGCUGGAUUAGGCGUUGAGAUCAAUAAAGGAAAAACAUUUGCACACUUGUAUCUGCAAAAGUAAAUAUUUAUUGAUCAAGCUUUCGGUUAGAGACCUUCAUCAGGAGCGCAUCUUACUGCAAUUUUGUUGAAUAAAGGUUUUACAAAGGGGAAAAAAACUGACUGAUCUGUACUUUAACCAAUCGUCAUUGACAUGACGUAGUUCAUCUUGUCCAAUAGCUGCCGAGUAGGAGGGGCUAGUUAGAUCACCGGCAGAAUAAGAUCAAUAAUGCUUUUUUAUAUACUUUUGAAGCUAGGCUACACAAAUCACAACUGCCUUGCUAAAUGCUAAAUAUUAAAUAAAAUAAGCCCUAUAUCUGUGCUCUUUUAGUAACAAUAAACCACACGCUUGUGUUUUUAAAAAUCUUAAUAAAUUCCGUGAAUUAUUGCCAUCACGCCCACGGUUCCUGUUUACCACACGGAAUGGCAGGAAGUCCUGACUCUAAACAGGAUCACCCUGAGGACACAGUGCUUCAUCUCCAGAGCUACUUACGUGGAGGAACAUCCAGUUUGCUCUCUGCCCUUCCCACUGUCAUCGUUUUCCCGGUCUACAAGAUCGUUUUCCGUCAACAAAUCCACAACAGUCCCAUUCGCCAUGUGGUGGGACAGCUCUGUAAGGAGGGACCUGUGAAGCUCUACAGGGGCGUGGCUCCACCUCUGCUGAUGAGGACACUAAACGGCACGCUGCUAUUUGGCCUUCAGGACACACUCUUCCGUCAGAUCUCCCUCUCAUCACCCCACGUCCUCUCUGCUGCCCUUCUACCUGCUCUGGCUGGGUUUGGUGCAGGGAUGGUGGAAGCCAUGGUGUUUACCCCAUUUGAGCGUGUUCAGAACGUUCUGCAGAAUGGCCAGAAUGACCGUCAGCUUCCCUCCAUGAGGAGCAUUCUGGCGAGGCUGAAGGAGCAGAGGGUGCAGCAUGGCUUCUACAGGGCCUUCCUCCCCAUCACGGCCCGGAACGCCUUGGGAAGCUCCCUCUACUUUGGCCUGAAGGAUCCAGUGUGUGGCGUGGUGGCCGGACAGGGGCUCUCUCCUUUGGCCUCUUCCUUCAUCUCAGGAACGUUGACCUCCAUGGCGAUCAGCUUGGCUCUGUAUCCGCUGUCUGUGCUGGUGGCAAACAUGCAGGCGCAGGUGGGAGGGGAGGCGAAAGGCGCUGUGGCUUGUUGGAGAGGUCUGUGGAAGUCUCGGCAUCGGAGCGUGCUUCUUUUGUACCGAGGAGGAUCUCUUGUCAUCCUGAGAUCGUGCAUCACGUGGGGGAUCACCACUGCCAUUUAUGACAGGCAGGAGAAGCCAUCCUCCUAGAACCAGUUAGGCUGUGAGAUCAUAGGCGUCAUUUUAACCGGGGACGCCGGGGACAUGUCCCCGGCAAAAUUUGUGAUUGGCAGCUGUGUCCCCCCCACUUUCAAAAACGCCUGCUGAUGAGGAUUUUUGUUUUACCAGCUCAGAUCUUAUACCAGGGGUCGGCAACCUGUUCCCAUCAAAGAGCCAUUAUUACCCGUUUCCCACAGUAAUU